AAGCUUCUAAAAUUAAAUUUCUUUCUGCAUUUUAUUAAUUUAUUAUUAAUGAAAUUUAUCAAUGUGAAGCAAUAAAAAAAAUGAGCCGAUGUUGUAUGGUUUCGUGUCUGAAUAAGAGAAGCGAGAAAAAAGUAAAGUUUUUCAACUUUCCUUCGGAUACAGCAACUUGCUUGCAAUGGGUUGAGUUUUGUCGCUGUCCAGAUACUUUGAAACGGUUUGAAGAGGGAGGAGCGGUUGCAUUGCGAAAAUUUGCCAUCUGUUCGGAACAUUUCGAACCGGCAUUGGUUGAAGCUGCUGGCAAGAAACAACUACCGCCAGAUGCAAUUCCGAUUAAUAUUGGUCGAACGUACAUGACACCUGCCAUGUUACUGGAGAAGGGUUUCAACAUUGAAGUGUUUGUUGACAAUGAAACUGAACACGAACUGAUACUGGAUGCAACCCAUAUUCCCGAUGCAGUCUUAGUGGAAAUGCUGUGUCCAGAAGACAUUAAAGAGGAAUCUGACAAGGAUGAAACGGAAAAUGCGGUUAAUCCUAUCGAUAUAGAGGAAACGCAAAGGGCUGAAAAAACAUCCGAUUACCCGACUACUGAAAGUAUACACACUGCAUUGCCAAGUAAUCUAAACCGGAGCAGUAUAGGGGAUGCCCCUUCAGUUUCAAAUACAGUUAUCAAUUGCAAAAGACUUUGCAUGGCGACUUCCACUUUCAAGAAUCGUUAUGAAAUCCAGAAGGUUAAAAAUCAACAACUUCGGGACAGUAUACAAAAAAGCAAAAAGAAAUAUGCUAAAAUGACAGCCGAAGUGCAAAAAAUGGUCGAUACAGUAGCACUGAAAAGGCAAAAGCGUACUAAAUUGAACGAGCGGUACAUAGAAUUGAAAAAACUAUGCAAAAAGGGAGUACCUCUGUCCAAUUCUAUGGAAGUCGAUGAAAGCAAUGACGAGCCCGAUUUCGAUGAAUCAACAGCGUGGUGGUGAUAUUU